CCUCACAGCUGCAAGCUUCUGGAGCUCCAUGUGCUGUUUGUGCCAGCUGACCAGUGGAAUGUGAAGCUCAAUAAAGUCCCUGCUGAAGCCACAGAGAGCUUCAUAUCAGCCGGCUUCAUCAGGGUUUAUCCUGAUGUUACCCUGAAAACUCUUAGGAGUGAGCUGGGCGCUCUCCUUGGUGCACAGAGGAGCGUCAACAAAUUCUCCUUCCUUAAAUGUGUGGGGCGCAGUCUGGCGCUGGUCAAAAGCAAACAGGAGCAAGACCUGAAAGUGAAAGUGUUCGCCCCACCCUAUGCCACGCAGCCGGAGCUUUACUUGCUGCCCGCUGUGGAGAAUGACAGCAGCGUUUGCUCCCGGUCUCUCACCCCUGACACCACCAGCACCUCCCCAGACCACCAGAUCUAUUACCACCCUCCCAAAACGUGCAGCCGGGCAACAGGAACAAAGGAGCCCAUCAAAUUCCCCCAUAUCCCCCAGUAUUCCCAUCAGCCACCUCCCACACACCGGCUAGAAGAAGAGGAGGAAGAAGGGGAUGAUAGGAGCUACAGCUCUUCAGAAGGAGGCGGGGAGAAGGAAGGUGAAACUCUCUCCUCCAUCAGGAGAGCAGAGCAGGAGUGUUUUCGAGGGCAAAAGCAAAGGGCACCCCAGCUUGCUUUGCACACACCCCAACUGCAAGGCUGCAGAGGUGGAGAUUUCCAGCAGUGUGUGGCUGAUUCAGCUCAGGUGAAGGAAUUGCCAGAGAAAGAAGAAAUCUGCAGAAAGAAGAAACAUAACCAAAGAGGAAACAGAGCAGCCAGACAUUCAGGAGUGGCGGAGUCCCUGGAGGACAGAGAUUCAGGCUUCUCCCUAACAGACGGGGUUGGGAAAUCAAAAGUGGAACACGCGCUGAAGUCCAUCAGAAACAAUCGAACAGCCAGGCUGUCAGAAAGCCUAGCUCCGUUGUCUCAGCCUGCCGUAUCACCACCUUCAGGUUUAGACUUGGCCACAGUCACCCAUGAAACGGCUGCUUCUCCAGUCCUUCACACAAACAGGGAAGAACUAAUCAGUGAAAUCAAGCUGGUACGGGAGGAGAGAAAGCAGCUGGAGAGGAUGCGACAAGAGCUGCUGCGAAAGGGGAAAGACUUGUUAGCCCAGAACAGACACCGCAGGAACCAAGCACGUGACAGCUGGAAAAAGAAAUAUUUUGAAGCCAAGAAGGCCACAGCGCCAUUGGACGAGAACUUGAGAAACUUGAGACAAGAACUGGAGACGUUUUACAACAAAGUCCUGCAUCAGCUGCAGGCCCGAGAUAACAGAGCCAAGCCCAGACGUCACCAAGGAAGAUCCUCCAUGAAGAAUGAGCUCAUCAUUCAGAUCAUGACUGAGAGCCACGAGAUUGACAACCUGAAGAGGAAGGUAGAAGAUGGCAAGAUGAAGCUGGUGACGGAGAUAAAGUUGAGAAAACAGGCGGCCACUGAGCUCAGAGCCCUGAAGGCUGAGCUGGCUCAGAAGAAGAGUCAGUCAUCUCAUCCCGGCCUGAUGGGAAAUACUCCACGGCACGGAGCACAAGUCCAGAGCAGCGCUGCCCAGUUCAGAAUAAACUGCACGUGAAA